GUUGCGGAGUGUGGACGAUGGCGGGAGGCGGCGCUGCAUGUCGACGGGCAUCGCUUGCAUGUGCUUCUUGCGCCGGUAGAUCUCGCGCAUCAUGUAGGACUCAUACUCGCGGAACGACAACAGUACCGACUUGUAGUGCUCUUGCUCCUCCGGAUCCUGCUCCAUCGCGGCUCAGGUUCGAAGAAGAAGAGGACACUCCUUUCUGAUGAUUGGCACGUUUGGUAUCAUCGAAAAAACGAUGUGGUGCACAUACAAAAAUGUACGCCACACCGGCGCAAUCACAAAAGUGGGCAAAAAGCAAUUGGCUUUUAGAACCGCCGACCAUGUCCCAAGGCCGCAUCUUGCCGCUUGAGCUGAUUGACAAAUGCAUCGGGUCGAAGCUCUGGAUUGUCAUGAAGGGUGACAAGGAGUUCCUCGGCACGCUCCGGGGAUUCGACGACUACGUUAACAUGGUGCUGGACGACGUGACGGAGUACGAGAUCACUCCAGAGGGCAAGCGUGAGGUGAAGCUGGACCAGGUUCUACUCAAUGGCAACAACGUGUGUCUGCUCGUGCCUGGAGGAUUUCCGAGCACGUCCUAGGCCAUUGUUUUCGUAUCAAAUUUGGACGUUGUGUCAGAAAGCAGUAGAAGCAUGAGAUCAACGGUAACUCUAUACCUGUUCCAAUUCAAGACACUGCAUCAUCUGAAGCUGUAUCAAAACGCCCAAUUAACAGCCAGCCAAGGAAUUGGAACAGCACAACUUCCGUAACAUCUCUACCCCAUUGGCACCAUUAACACAUUUGCGAAAACCCGAUACACACACGUCUCCAUUUUUGAUUCGAUGCAUCCA